UUUUUUUGUGAGGCCUCUCUUUCAUUCUUCAUCUGUCAUUUUCUUUUCUUUUUCUUUUUCUUUCUCUCUCUCUCUCUCUUUUUUUUUUUUUUUUUCCUUCUUCUUCUUUAUUUUUUAUUUUUUAAUUUAUUUUCGUUUCUUCCCUUUUCCUCUCGCGACAAACCCUACCACUGGAGAAAAAAAUUCUAAAAAAUUUCUUCGAUCAUCUCAUCCGGAUAAAAUCAUCGGUUACAUUUCAAUCGAAAAUGCUGAAUCAAAGAAUAAAGCAGCAGCAACACCAGGCGUUGAUGCAACAAGCUCUCAUCCAACAGCAGUCGCUGUAUCACCCCGGUCUCUUAGCUGCUCCGCAGAUCGAACCAAUUCCAAGUGGAAAUCUGCCUCCUGGGUUUGAUCCAAGUACAUGCCGCAGUGUGUAUGUGGGGAAUAUUCACACACAGGUGACUGAACCACUUCUUCAAGAAGUUUUUGCUAGUACAGGUCCUGUGGAGGCUUGCAAGCUUAUUAGAAAAGAAAAGUCAUCCUAUGGCUUUAUACACUACUUUGAUCGUAGGUCAGCUUCACUUGCAAUAUUGACCCUGAAUGGGAGACAUCUGUUUGGGCAGCCCAUCAAAGUUAACUGGGCAUAUGCCAGUGGUCAGAGGGAGGACACAUCAAGCCAUUACAACAUUUUUGUUGGUGAUCUAAGCCCAGAGGUUACUGAUGCAAUGCUGUUUGCCUGCUUUUCUGUGUACCCUAGUUGUUCAGAUGCAAGGGUUAUGUGGGAUCAAAAGACUGGGCGUUCAAGGGGGUUUGGAUUUGUGUCUUUCAGAAACCAACAGGAUGCGCAAAGUGCAAUUAAUGAUUUAACUGGUAAAUGGCUUGGCAGCAGGCAGAUACGUUGCAACUGGGCCACAAAGGGUGCUGGUACCAGUGAGGACAAGCAAAAUUCAGAUUCUAAAAGUGUUGUAGAACUUACCACCUCAGAGGAUGUUAAAGAGGCUGCAGGUAGUGAUGCUCCUGAGAAUAACCCUCAAUAUACAACUGUGUAUGUUGGCAACCUCGCUCCAGAGGUAGCCCAGGUUGACCUUCAUCGCCACUUUCAUGCACUUGGAGCUGGAUCAAUUGAGGAAGUAAGGGUCCAGCGUGAUAAAGGUUUUGGCUUUGUUAGGUACAGUACUCAUGCAGGCGCAGCAAUGGCUAUUUCAAUGGGAAAUGGUCAGUCGUAUCUCUGCGGUAAACAAAUUAAGUGCUCAUGGGGAAACAAGCCUACUCCAGCUGGAACUGGCUCAAACCCACUACCCCCACCCGCACCAGCAUCCAUGCCGGGCCUCUCCGCGGCUGACCUUCUAGCUUAUGAGCGGCAAAUUGCAAUCGCCAAAAUGGGCAGCAUUCAUCCUCUAAUGCAUCCACAGGGGCAGCAUCCUCUGAAGCAAGCGUCCAUGGGGAUGGGCGCCGGUGCAAGCCAGGCCAUCUACGACGGUGGCUAUCAGAAUGUUGCUGCGGCCCAGCAUCAUCUCAUGUACUACCAGUAAUGAUGACAGAUUUAUCGGUAUGUGAAACCUAAAACAACGGCCCCUCAGAUCGAAGCUGUUGUUUGAGUGUUUUAUGUUUGUAGGGUAUUUUGUAAGAUUUAUGGUGGGCGGCCGAAAAACUAAAAUUUGGUCGUUCACAUAUUACCUAUGUAAUGCUUUUUUUCCCCCUAUCGAAAUGAAUGUUGAGUGGCUUCUUCA